AUGGGGUACAAGGUCGUAUUUACUGAUCAUUCACUCUAUGGUUUUGCUGAUGCGGGAAGUAUACACAUGAACAAGGUAUUGCAAUUUACAUUGGCAGAAGUAAGUCAGGCCAUUUGUGUUUCUCAUACAAGCAAGGAAAACACAGUGCUACGGUCAGGUUUGCCACCAGAAAAGGUCUUUGUGAUACCUAAUGCUGUUGACACAGCUAUGUUCAAGCCCGCACCAGAGCGCCUGAGUAGUCAUGAAAUUGUAAUUGUUGUUAUAAGUAGAUUGGUUUACCGAAAGGGUGCAGAUCUUCUCGUUGAGGUCAUUCCAGAAGUUCGUUUCAUUGUUGGAGGAGAUGGACUGAAACGUGUGCGGUUGGAAGAGAUGAGGGAAAAACAUUCUCUUCAAGAUCGAGUUGAGAUGUUAGGUGCCGUGCAACACUCUCAAGUACGAUCUGUCCUAAUUACUGGCCAUAUAUUCUUAAACAGUUCUUUAACAGAAGCAUUUUGCAUAGCGAUCUUAGAGGCUGCUAGUUGUGGAUUAUUAACAGUCAGUACACGCGUAGGAGGUGUCCCGGAGGUACUACCAGAUGACAUGAUUGUACUUGCAAAACCAGAUCCUAGUGAUAUGGUUCAAGCAAUAAAGAAGGCAAUAUCUAUACUUCCCAAAAUCGACCCACAAGAAAUGCACAAUCGUAUGAAGGAGCUGUACAAUUGGCAUGAUGUGGCGAAACGGACAGAAAUUGUUUAUGACCGUGCUCUGAAAUGCUCAAAUCAAAAUCUUUUACAACGACUCUCAUGGUGUGCUACUGUAAAAGCAGAGUUAGUGACUGCAAUACCAUUGUUCAUCUUGUCUUGCUUGCGGGGAUGA